AUGGCUCAGAAUAUCGUAUCAGAACUCUGCGAAUACCUUUCCAGAGAUGCCGCCGAGGAUGGCUGCGAGAUCUUUGAGCAAGUGGACACCGUUGUCGUGUCUGAUGAUAUCCAAAUGAAUCAACAAAUCUACUGCAAAGACAGCAAAGGCAUUAUGACACAGAUGGGUUUCAUUAGGUCUCUCGGUCCCGGCUCUCAACGUCCCCACCGACGUCUUAAACACCUAUUCUUUCAAGAUGAUAUGAAUUGGAGUACGGAGGACGAAGAUGCUUACUGCGUGUCUCGCUUUAAGCCACCAUGGCAUAGAACAACAGAUUUCAACGGAAUCAGCGACCUGUCUUUUUCAAGGGAAAGACCAACUAUCGACAAAAUCAUUGGUGACAUCUUGGAGCCCUACUGGCAGAGCUGUUGCUGCAAUCCCGCCAGGACGAAGCCUGUCAACAUCAUCAUCCUUACCAACAAUGCUGCAAAAGAUCCAACUCCUCUUAAGAGGGUCAUCUUCAACAGCAUUAGCGAUAUUUGGCUCUACAAGACGAAACCCUACCAGGUUAGCCUUUACUUUUUCCAAGUAGGCAACCCAGACAGUUUGAAGGACCAGGAUGACCAGACUAUGGCAUUUCUGAAGGACCUAGAUGAUAACCUCAGAGACGACAUCCUAGCUUGGCCGUUAAGGCCGAAGAUGGAAAUUGAGAGGCUCGAUGAAGAGUAUACGGGACUGAUGAACGCCAUCAGUGAGACUUCCAAGGAGAAGGGCCUCGGCAUGUUUGACAUUGCCAACAGUACCACGCUAGAGAACCUGGAGAGUGGCACUCUGACUGCACAGGGUAUCACAAAGGUGGUCAUCGAAGGACUGCGAAAGUUGAUGGACUAG